GAAGGGCCCUCCCCGCCAUCCCCCUGCCCUAAGAUGGCGGCGGCCACGUCCGUGCGGGCUGGUUCGGUCCCGGGGGUUCGGGGAGCGGAGGCCGAAGCCCUUUUCGAAGCUCACACCGCGUCCGAGCUGCGGGCGGUGGAGCGGAAGCUGCGGGCAGACAUCGAGCAGAAGCGGGAGGAGCUGAGGCAGAUGGUGGGGGAGCGCUACCGAGACCUCAUCGAAGCGGCCGACACCAUCGCCGAGAUGCGGAUCAGCGCCCAACGCUUGCUGGGGGCUGUGCGGGGGCUGCAGCGGGGAAGUCCGGCCCGGCCCGCUCCCACCGUGCUGGCUCAGCCCCCAGCUCAGGAAAGCUUUUACCGGGCAGCAGCACAGCUGAAGCUGCUGCUGGAUGUCCCCGAGAAGGUGUGGGGGGCUGUGGAAGCUGCCAGGUACCUGCCUGCUGCCCGCCUACACCUCCUCGCCGGACACCUCCGGCACCAGCUCCAGCUUGACGGGCCCCGGGCACACAGCAGCCCGGUUCUGACCCGGUUCCCCAUCCUCCUGCGGCAAGUGGCGACUGCCAGCCACCUCAGAUCCACCAUCCUGCAGGAAACAAAGUGCCUGCUGAAGAGCCAGACUGCAUCAGACCAGGCAGUGGCAGAAGCCCUCUGUGCCAUCAUGCUCCUGGAGGACAGCUCUCCACGCCAGGCUCUGGCUGACUUCCUUCUGGCCAGGAAGUUGGCCAUCCAGCAGCUCCUCAACCAGCCACACCAUGGUGCAGGUAUAAAAGCUCAGGUGUGUUCACUGAUGGAGCUGCUAACCACCACCCUCUACCAGGCCCACGCUCUCUUCUACACCAUGCCUGAAGGGAUGCCCCCAGAUCCCACCCUGCCCUGUGGUUUGCUCUUCUCCACCCUGGAGAGCACCACAGGCCAGCACCCAGCAGGGAAAGGAGGGGUUCUGGAGGAGGAGAUGAAACUGAGCAGUUGGUUCAAGUACCUCCCAGAGUCUGUAGUGGGGUUCCAGCCAACCCUGAGGACCCUGGCACACCCCAUCAGCCAGGACUACCUCAGAGACACACUGCAGAAGUGGAUCACCAUGUGCAGUGAGGACAUCAGGGCUGGGGUCAGCAGCCUGCUGGUCUAUGUGAAGAGCAUGAAGGGCCUGGCAGGGAUCCGUGAUGCUGUCUGGGAGCUGCUGACCAGUGAGUCCAUCAGCCAGAACUGGGAGGCCCUGUGCCAGCGCCUCUUGCACAAAACUGCUUCCUUCUGGGAGGACCUGCUGCAGCAGCUCUUCCUGGACAGGCUAGAGACACUGACCAAAGAAGGGUUCGACUCCAUCUCAAGCAGCUCCAAACAGCUUCUCACUUCAGCCUUGCAGGAACUGGAAGUCCAACCCAGCACUUCUGGGCUCAGCAGGCAGAUCCAGCUGGAACACAACGUGGCUCUGUUCCUGUGGUCAGAGAGCCCCGGGGACCUUCCCCCUGACGCCGCCUGGGUCAGCGUGGCCAACCGUGGCCCUCUCCCCAAGAGUGGCCUCUCCAUGAAGGCCCAGGCCCUCACGCCAUGCCUGCAGAGCUUCUGCUCAGCCUUGGACUGGAAGCUGAAGGACAAGCUGGACGAUCUCCUCUUCUACCUUCCCCCUGACUCCCCAGAGCCCAGGGAAGCCACUCCGCCGCCCUCUGCCUUCGACCGCUACGGGGACGCGGGCAGGGUGGAGGAGCUGCUCCGACAGCACUGCCUGGGCUGCAUCCAACACCUCCUGGGCUGCCUCCGGGAGGAGCUCCAGACUGCCCAGAGCCUGCUGGGGACUCAGGGGGACGUUCCCAACGAUCCCAAGCUCAACGCCGUCCUCUUCAUGGCCAGGCUGUGCCAGGCGCUGAGCGAGCUCUGCCCUCACCUGCAGCGCUGUGUCCUGGGCAGGGGGAGCAGCACCCAGACCCUGCUGAGGGAACCCCGCUCCACCAAGAAGCUGGGAAAAGGGAAAAGCCAAGAAAUGACCCCUGUGCAGGCCAAGUGGCAGGAGGUGAAGGCAGAGCUCCUGCAGCAGAGCCUGUUUGCUUACCAGAUCUGGAGCUCGGCUGUCACCAAAGGUCUGGUGCAGUCCUUCAGCCACACGUUGCUGCUGGACACAGCUGGCUCUGUCCUGGCUACAGCCACCAACUGGGAUGAAAUUGAAAUUCAGGAGGAGACUGAGGCUGGGAACAGUGUAACAUCAAAGAUCCGGCUGCCUGUGCAGCCCUCCUGGCAUGUCCAGUGCCUCCUCUUCAGCCUGUGCCAAGAGGUGAACAGGGUGGGUGGUCACACUCUUCCCAAAGUCACCUUGCAGGAGCUGCUGAAGACCUGCAUGGCAGAAGUGCUGAGUGCCUAUGAAAAGCUCAUGGAAGAGAAGCAGGAGAAGAGAGCAGGUGCCUUCCCCAUGACCCAGAACAGAGCUCUGCAGCUUCUCUAUGACCUGCGGUACCUGAGCAGCAUCCUGGCGGCAAAGGGCGAGGAAGGAAAAACCAGCAGGAUGAGACAUGACUCCAGGAUGGAGAAGGUGACAGAUUUCCUGGAGGGACACAUUGAUCCUUUCGACCUGGAUGUGUUCACUCCCCACUUGAACAGCAACCUGAAUCGGCAGGUUCAGAGAACCUCUGUUCUCUUUGGCUUGCUGACCGGGACAGAGAACCAGUACACGGGCCGGAGCAGCACCCCCAGCUCCCAGGAGCUCCACAACAUCUUGCCUUUAGCAUCCAGCCAGAUCAGGUUUGGACUCCUGCCCCUGAGUAUGUCGAGCUCACGGAAGAGCAAAUCUGCUGCCAGGAGCACAGAAAGGGUUCAGUGGGAUGCUGACCUUUAACUCCUGAGGAAGGCUGCUUGGGUUCCCAGCCCUGGGCUGACAAGAGCAGAGGAGGAGGCCUCACGCCCUGGCUCACUCUUCAGGCAGCUCCUCAGUGAGGAGGAGGACACAGCUGCACCUUCUCUCUUCAAGCUGGGGUGGCUCUCGGGCAUGACCAAGUGAUGCAGUUAAAAAUAAAAAGGUUUGUGUGUG